CCACGAUAUGUCAACGACCGCUCAUGUCUUAACCUGAUUGGGACGCCUCGUUCAUUGCGAAUCCGUCCCCAGCGCCGGGCCCACCGAUGUCUAGUGAAUACACAAACGGUACGGAUACUCACCAGUUUCUGCCGUCUCCUGUUUGAUCCGAUCCCACACGCAUCCUGAAGAAGCCUCAGGCUCAUCAUCUCCAGCGUGGAACCUGAGGCCUGGCUGGCGAGCCAUCUGGAUCAACUUCCGCCGUCCCGUUGCCCGGGCCCCUGCCCUCCUCUCUCUACCGAGCUUGCCCGUCACCUGAGCGAGAGCUUUUCCCUUCCGAACCUGCUUUUGAGCUUUUUCUCUCUCCUCCUUCUUCCUUCCACUUUACCUACCUCCAUCCCAAUCUGUCCUUGUUUCCUAUCUUCUCUUCCUCCCAGUCCAUCACCGUCUAUCCCACAAUCUCCCCUCAUAUCAGUCACAAUGGCCUCCACUCGUGUCCUCGCCUCCAGACUCGCCACUCAGAUGGCCACCAAGGCCGCCCGCCCUGCGGUGCGCGUCUCGGCCAUGCCCAAGCGCACCAUCACUGGCUUCUCCAGCCCCCUCCAGGCUGUCAAGCGCCAGCAGGCCACUACCAUCAAGUCCUCCAAGGUCUUCACCCAGGUCCAGGCCAAGCGCGCCUACUCUUCUGAGAUCGCCCAGGCCAUGGUCGAGGUCUCCAAGAACUUGGGUAUGGGUUCCGCCGCCAUCGGUCUUACCGGUGCUGGUAUCGGUAUCGGUCUGGUUUUCGCCGCCCUCCUUAACGGUGUUGCCCGCAACCCUGCCCUCCGUGGCCAGCUUUUCUCCUACGCCAUUCUUGGUUUCGCUUUCGUCGAGGCCAUCGGUCUUUUCGACCUCAUGGUUGCCCUCAUGGCCAAGUUCACGUAAGCGAUUUAUUUCGCACUGGCGAGCUGGGGAGAGGCAAGGAGACAGUUUUCGGACGGAGCUGUGCUCUCUUGACCGCCAUCUCCUCUUGGGACAGGUUCGCCUAUGGUUACGCAAUGGAGCAUCAUCCACUCCACACUGCGUGACGAGCUAGAGUUAAUAGACGGGAUAGACAGCAUGGUGGGCAUUUUAGACGAUUAGAGGUCAUAGACCGCACGGCUUUGCUGUGUUGUAUAGAUGGAAAUUGGUCUGUGGCAGGGACGAGGUAACGCACUACUCUUACCAGCGAAAAAGUUUUGCAUCUCCCCAUCUUUUGCUUCAGCCAGCCUACCCCCGUGGCUCCUGGCCCUGAUACAAUUUUUUCUGUAAAAAUACUACAAACCUCAAACCGAUGAUCACCGACUUUGAUGACUUUUGUGAGGCAAUUGAUGAAAUUGUGAGCAUUGGGCAUGAGAUCGUGAGAUGAGGUCAAAAUUCUCCGUACAACCCGGCAAUCAGCACAAUCUCACCGCCCGAGUUCAGGCACUUCAUCUCCACUCUGGGGAAGGGGACCAGUUCUACCGAGUGCCAGAGCUUGAAGCUUCCCGAGAUCUUUCGAGGUCGAAUUGGCCAAUGUGAGAUGAGAAUUGGG